GAAACUGUCUAAAUGAACUGACAAUAACUGCACUAAUGUCAAAAAUGUGAUGGUUGUGCUGAGCUUAAAGCAAAACUUCAGCAAUUUCAUUAAAAAUUGUUGGAUUCGGACAUAUUUUUCACGAUUAAAUACGUUAUCAGCAGUCUAUUAAAAUUCUUAUAUUAUAAUUUCGCCGAAUCGACAACAAUCCGGCAACAUACCACUAAUAGUGAGUGUGAAUUUCGAUUUGUGGAGCCCAGCUAUGGCGGACCAAUCGUCUAUAUUGGCGUUGAUUAUACUAGCGGUUGGCGUUACCGUUCAUUUCUCCUUGCAUAAAGUUGAGGAAGGACAUGUCGGCGUUUAUUAUAGAGGAGGUGCAUUGCUACCGGUGACUAGCCAACCUGGCUUCCACAUGAUGAUUCCACUUUUAACUUCAUACAAAUCUAUUCAGACCACAUUGCAAACUGAUGAAGUGAAGAAUGUUCCUUGUGGUACCAGCGGGGGUGUCAUGAUUUACUUUGAGAGAAUUGAAGUUGUCAAUAAACUGGAGCCAGUCAGUGACACCCUCUCCAUUACAGUGUUGGACAUGGUACGUAACUUCACUGCAGAGUAUGACAAGACACUGAUAUUCAACAAAGUGCACCACGAGUUGAACCAGUUCUGCAGUGCUCACACCCUGCAUGAAGUCUAUAUUGAUCUCUUUGACCAGAUUGAUGAGAAUUUACGAACUGCACUUCAAAGGGACUUGGAUGAAAUGGCGCCAGGAUUGAGAGUGCAAGCAGUUCGCGUGACCAAACCCAAGAUUCCUGAGGCUAUUCGAAAGAACUAUGAGCUUAUGGAAGCAGAGAAAUCGAAGCUUCUUAUAGCAGCGCAACAUCAGAAGGUUGUGGAAAAGGAGGCAGAAACAGCCCGUCGUAAAGCGGUUAUUGAAGCUGAAAAAGAAGCUCAGGUCGCCAAAAUUCAAUACGAGCAGAAAAUCAUGGAGAAGGAAUCUCUACAGAAAAUUGAACUCAUAGAAGACAGUAUUCACAAGGCUAAACAACAAACGAAAGCAGAGGCUGAUUACUACCAUCUGAAAAAACAGGCUGAGGCAAACAAAUUGUUGCUAACCAAAGAGUAUUUAGAACUGAAGAAAUAUGAAGCUCUUGCCUUGAAUAACAAGAUCUACUUUGGUAGUGACAUUCCGAACAUGUUUUUGCAAGCUAAUGUUGGAGAUAGUGUCCCGAUUCCAAAAAGUGUGCAGGUUGAAUGAGUUUUAAUUACCCUGUCAAAACAUCCACUAGUCAUUGAAUAAUCCCAAGUGUCUCAGUUUUGACAUGACAUGAUAAAAUCACCGUACUCUUUGUGAUAGUCCUGUGCAGUGCCGUGUACACAUAAACUGUUGUGUGAUUGUGAUUCUUGAUAGUAACAUAAUAGUACAUGUAGUAGAUAUGCUAUAUUAGGCAUCUACAAUAAGGAGAGCAUUAUUUUUUUUUAUGAGUUAUAUAAAACUGAAUUAUCACAAUUUUAUUUUGACUGAUUAAUAUAUUGGUGUUUUAUGUAAA